AUUCACUAUAUCUGGUCUCGCACAAUACACACAACAUGGAAAUGCAAUUGUUUUAGUAAAUAAAAACUGCUAAAUACCUUUUCUCAUCAUCUUUUCAGCAUGUGCAGCCGAGCACUGGUUAAAGCUUGUAGGAGGAGUUUACAUUUUGCUCUAGGAGGAUGAAGAACCCCUGACCUCUGUCUGGACAGUGCUGAUUGGCCCUGUGCUGAUCACAUGCACUCUCCCAAGAAAAAAAAACCCUGUCUAGCAAUACACACCAAACUGAGCAUGUGCAGAGUGACUCCACAUGAUUUGUCUUAUCAGGAGAUAAGAGGGUGGCACUGGAAGAAGGGGAGGAUCAGAGAUUCAGGAUCAAACAGCGUUUACACAAUGCAAAUUAUAAACCCCUUAAGUUCCACAGUGAGUAUAACAAGCAUGCUUUACUGCAUAUACAGACUGAUUUUACUGUUGUGAGUUUAG